UUUCUUUUCUUCUCUGGUGUUUUACUUUUCACGCCGGGAAAAUGCCAAGCAGGCGAAAAACGGGCAAAAAUGCCCCGAUACUUAGCCACGAAUUUAUGAUUACAAAUCAUGGAGAUAUAGUUUCUUGUGUGUGUAUGAUUUUUAUGGUCGGUCUGAUGUUCCAGGCAACGUCUAAAGUAGCGUCUGUUUUUAUCGCACCUCAACAUAAUCUUACCAGAACCUUAAACGGUAGGUGGGGAAAAAGAAGUUCCGAUGCGUUUUAUUUCAAUCGGUUCCUUAAUGGCGGCCAGAGCCUGGACACCACUAUAUCUCUUUCUUUUCUUCUCUGGUGUUUUACUUUUCACGCCGGGAAAAUGCCAAGCAGGCGAAAAACGGGCAAAAAUGCCCCGAUACUUAGCCACGAAUUUAUGAUUACAAAUCAUGGAGAUAUAGUUUCUUGUGUGUGUAUGAUUUUUAUGGUCGGUCUGAUGUUCCAGGCAACGUCUAAAGUAGCGUCUGUUUUUAUCGCACCUCAACAUAAUCUUACCAGAACCUUAAACGGAUCGGAAGAUCUUCUAACAACCUACACAAAUGGACCGAAGGAUUUUUGCACCAUUUUCUUCUAUUCUAUGGCAUGGAUUGUGGUGCAUGCCAUCAUUCAGGAGUACAUCUGGGAUAAAGUCUCCCGUAAGCUGCGUUUGUCAAAGACCAAAAAUACAAAGUUCAAUGAUUCUGGAAUAUUACUGCCAUUCUAUUUUUUCUUUGCUGCUUGGGGAGCAGACAUUAUAGUCAAGGAAGGAUUUAUUCCAAAUAUUUCAAAGCUUUGGGAAGGUUAUCCACAUAAUGAAAUGUCAUUCACGCUCAAGUUCUACUUCAUUCUUCAAAUUUCCUUUUGGGUUCACUGCUUUCCAGAACUGUACUUCACAAGAGCUAAACGGGAGGAGAUUUUUCCAAAGGUUCAGUUAUACAUUGAAUAUCUGUUUUUCAUCUGGGCUGCCUACAUGCUGAAUUUUACUCAUGUUUCAUUGUGUUGCUUGGUGGUUCACUGUGCAGUGGAGAGUAUUUACCAUGGAAUGAGAAUGUUACACAUCAGCGGCAAAGACGAUGUGGCCAACAGCUUGUUCUGGGUGUGGACUGUUCUAUUUGCUAUUGCCCGUUUUGCCAUUAUUGCUCUGACUGUCAUGACCUUCUGGUACGGCCUGCCACGUUUGGACAAUGCUGGUCUUAAUGUGGAUUCGGGGAACUUCAACAAUCCACUAAUACGACUCACUGCCAUGGCUGGAGUGAUACUCAUGCAAGCCUGGUUGGCAUGGAACUUCAUUUGUUAUCAGAUCCGAGUGUGGCGUGAACGAGCUAUUGCUGCCACACCCUCCAAAAAGAAAGAAACCAAGAAGAAGAACAAGAAAGAAAGUGACAAGAAGAAAAAGGACGAAGCUGUCGCUGAAGAGAGUGAGGAAGCUGAAGCUGAGGAAUACGAGAAGAGGAAUGGCUCACCAAAAGCUGUUACCAAAGUGAAGAAAUCUUAAAUUAUUACGUUCAUGGCCUGUGUUACGUAAGGGAAACCUUAGAAAUGACAACUCAAGUCUCUCCUUAUGAGAGGUAUCUAAGGAAGAUAUUUGUCAAGAGUGAACGGUAAACAAUGCCUUCAUGUGUGCAUUGCAAGUGAAGGUUUUGUAGACUUCUGCUUCUCUUGGUGACAAUAGUGAUGUGAAAUCCUUGCCUUGCUAAGAGAUGCAGAAAAUAAUUGUGAUAAAAACCUGUAAUGUUUGAGUGUUGUUUCAUUGUCUGUACAAUCUUGAGAAGUUGUUACUGUGUUGUUGUAUACUGUGUUGUUUACAUACUGCGGUUAUUUACUGUCAUAAAUACAUGUAGACCAUUCCUGUGAAAAGAAUGUCAUGGAUUUCUAGGCAAUCAUUAAUUUAUGUGUACAGUGGAACCUUGUUAAUAUUACUACCUGGCCGUAAAAUUCUUGUCUUGUUUAAGGAUCACAAAUAUAUGACUGACCAAUCGUUUAAACCCAACUAAAAACAAGUGGCAGUGAUAACGAGUUGAUCAUAUCGACAGGCUGGUUAUAAGGCAGAGGUCCACACACUGUUUGAUAAUACAGAGUAAAUAAGAUCUUAUUCUUUCGGUUAUGAAAUAAAAUAAUAUCAAUGUUGUGAUAGAUACCUCACACAACAUCAAGAGCAGCCUCUCCUAUUCUCAAAAACGUUUAAACGUUUAGGUGUUCUUGCGGCCUACUUCUUGUAGAGUUCAGAUGGAAAAUGGAAAGUCAAAACAGGGAAUUUGAAGGCUGCUUUCCAGAAAGGGCUGAAAAAAUAAUUAAGGGAAUUAGUAAAUUCAAAUAUUUAAUGAGCCAAAAUGGGUCAAAGUCAAAGACCAAGACAGUUUAAAGACCUACAUUUCAAAUGAACAAGUAUUGUCGGACCGUCACCCCAUGAAAAUGUAAUUAGACCCUAAUUAUCUUUACAAACACUGCCUAAAUAACUUUAUCUUUUAUUCUAGUUUAGCUGUUUUGAGGACAGGAGAGAUGCAUAAUAUUUUCUGUCACAGGAUAUUGUGAUCAUUGAUUUAAUGGAUAUUAAUUUGAUAGAACUUAUUAAGUUAAUUUGGGGUUAUAAUCACGAUUGAUUAGCCUUAAAUGUGUAUUUUACAUCCGCCAUUUAUCUCACAUUAAUUAUUUAACAUUUUACUCACAUAUUCUAAAUAUUGAACUUUCUAACAUUUUACUUUAUUCAUUUCCUGAAUCUUACAUUUAGUUAAACAGAAUUGGUGGCAGUUGUCCUAGGGAUGGGAGGGUAAUGAACUACACGUUGCUGCUGGGGUUGGGGCGGGGUGCUAUUUUUACUGCUAGUAGGACUGAGUAGAGUAGAAUUCAGAGAGAAAACAUCACAUUAUUUUUUCAAAUGACAAGCACAAA